AUGCCGCUCGUGUGGGCCCUGCGUGCGAUGCAGGCGGCGGCCGUCCUGCUGCCGCCUGUGCUGCUCGUCGUAGAUGCGCCAUUCGGCAAGCUGGGACGUGCGAGCGCAUGGAACGUGCACGGGAACGGCGCGUGGAUGGCCAUGGAGCUCGUCGCGCCGUGUGCGCUCUUGGCGAAUGCGUACGCCCGCGGCGCCCUUGCAUGGCCUACACAGGCCCUCGUAGCCCUGUUUGUGCUGCACUAUGUGAAUCGCGCCGUGUACCAGCCGUGGCGGAACCCACCGCGCUCGCCUCUGCACCUGAGCGUGGUGCUGAGUGCGAUGGCAUUCAACCUCGUCAAUGGCACACUCCUGGGCGCCUGGCUCGCGCAUGGCGGCACCACGCACCACGGAAGCGUGUGGACAGGCGUCGGCGUGGCGCUGUUCGCGCUGGGCCUCUGGGGCAACAUGCACCACGACGCGCGCCUGCGGCGCCUGCGCAUCGGGGCACCCGCGCCGGGCGAGCCCGUGUGGUCCGGCUAUGCGAUCGCAUGCGUAUCGAGCGUGCCCCAUACGCGCGCGCCCUGGUACGACUACCCACCUGUCCUCUUUGUCGUGCUCGAAGUGGCCGUCAUGCUGCCCCGCGCCGUGCGCGGCCACCGCUGGUACCACGCGCAGUUUGGCGCGGCGUAUCCGGCGGAGCGCCGCGCGGCCGUCCCCUAUAUUGUGUAA